AAAACUUUAUUCAAAUUCACACAAAAUUUGAAAUUGUUCUUCGGUUUUACUACUAUAUUUCGAGAUCUCAAAAUCCAGAUGUGGACAGUCGUUAGUAUGGGCAAUACAACAAUAUUUUCAUCAUCUCAGAAACCACCUUGGGCAGGGUUUGAAUCAAUGGCUCACCUGGGCAUGAUUUUCCUUCUCAGGGAACGUUUGUUAGCCUGGAGGUAUUUUCACUUGUAUCAAGUGAGAGAAGGGGCACACUAUUCUUUGUGGAAAUGUAGGGAUGGUGUUAGGCAUCCUGCAACCUCUACAGCAAUAAAUUACCCUGCCCCAAAUCUCAAUAGUUCUGUAUUUAGAAAAAAAAAAAAAAAAACUCUAGAGCCGGGCAAUGUGGUGCACGCCUUUAAUCCCAGCACACGGGAGGCAGAGGCAGGCGGAUUUCUGAGUUUGAGGCCAUUCUGGUCUACAAAGUGAGUUCUAGGACCGCCAGGGUUACACAGAGAAACCCUGUCUAGAAAAACCAAAAAAAAAAAAAAAAAAAAAAAGAAAAGAAAAGAAAAAAGAAACAGAAGAAGAAGAAGAAGAAGAAGAAGAAGAAGAAGAAGAAGAAGAAGAAGAAGAAGAAGAAGCAGAAGCAGCAACUCUAAUAGAAAUCCAGUUUCUCCUUCUAAUAUUCAUAACACAAAUCACUUUCCACCCACGGUGUUUCCCCACACCAACCAAAUGACUACUAACUGCAUUUAGGGGACACCAGCCACUAAUUCAAAUCUAAUGGCAGGCAGGUCCUGCAGCUAGAGGCGUAGUCCCAAGAUUGUGUGGCACCCUGCCCCUCCAGCUCCACAUUAGAUGCAAAUCUGAAGUCCCAGGUUGUUUCAAGUAUACUUAAUGACCAACCAGCUGGCAAUUGAGGUUCAACUGAGAUUCAAUUAAUUGGGUUAAAUUAAUUAUCUAGCUAUCUCAAAGGCGGAGAAGCAAGUUAUAGUCCUUUUAAAACCUAGAGCGUUUCAAAGUGUAGUCUAAUCUUUGUAGCUAAAGAAUAUCAAAGUGAUGGCUCCCCUAACUCAGAAGCGGCUAGAAGAGGACAGACCUUCAAAAGUACAGGGGUAUGAUGGAAGCUCUCUUGGCCUCUCCACCCCUGCCUCCACCAUCAGGCACGCGCGCGCAUGCGCCGCACUUUAAGUCGCCCCUUCGGAGGCGCUCCCCCCCACCCCCCACCCCCAGGUUCGUUUCUAGCCCAGCCUCGAGUGGAAGGUGGAUAGAUGCUCAGGACACUUCUUUAAACCGCGAACUGUGGAACUCUACUCCAAUAGAGGCCGGAGCCCCAAGUCGGAACCACAUUUCCUCGCUGACUUUCUGAGCUAGCACUUCCGCCCAGAGAGGGGCUGGAAUCUCCGAGACCCUUCCGGCGCUUGCGAGGGAUUGAAAAGGCACUUCCGGUGUCUGUUGCCAAGGCGCCGGCCGGCCCGCGGGCCGUGAGGGCGACACUGGUGGCGUCGUCCUCUGCCCCCCAUCCCCGGGGGCGAGAUGUCGGGGCUCAGCCACUUAGAGUCGGAGGGCUGCCGAAACCUACUCGGCCUGCUGGACAACGACGAGAUCAUGGCCCUUUGCGACACCGUCACCAACCGCCUGGUGCAGCCUGUGGACCGCCAAGAUGCUAUUCAUGCAAUAUUAGUGUAUAGCCAAAAUGUAGAAGAACUUCUGAGGCGCAAGAAAGUCCACCGAGAAGUCAUAUUUAAGUAUUUGGCAAAGCAAGGGGUGGUUGUACCUCCAACUGCUGAAAAACACAAUCUUAUUCAGUAUGCAAAAGAUUACUGGGCAAAACAGUCACCAAAACUGAAGGACACAGCAGAGCCAGUUACAAAGACGGAGGACAUCCAGCUCUUUAAGCAGGCAAAGGAAGAUAAAGAAGCUGAAAAGGUUGAUUUUCGUCGCUUAGGAGAAGAAUUCUGUCACUGGUUCUUUGAACUUCUUAAUUCUCAGAAUCCUUUUUUGGGCCCACCUCAAGAUGACUGGGGCCCACAGCACUUCUGGCACGACGCCAAGCUUAGGUUUUAUUAUAACACCUCAGAACAAAACACGACAGACUACCAAGGAGCCGAAAUCGUGAGCCUUCGCUUACUGUCAUUAGUUAAAGAGGAAUUUCUCUUUCUCAGUCCCAACCUUGAUUCUCAAGGACUAAAAUGUGCGUCUUCUCCUCAUGGAUUAGUUAUGGUUGGAGUUGCAGGGACUGUCCACCGAGGAAAUUCUUGUUUGGGCAUAUUUGAGCAAAUUUUUGGACUUAUCCGUAGCCCUUUUGUGGAAAAUACUUGGAAAAUCAAAUUUAUCAACCUGAGAAUCAUUGGAGGAAGUUCCCUUGCUCCUGAAUCAGUACUGAAGCCAUCUGUAACAUUUGAACCAAGUGAUCUGGAGGCCUUUUAUAACGUAAUCACCUUGUGUAAUAGCCCUGAAGUAAGACCUAACGUAAGGCAGAUAAUAGAUAGUGGCACUGGAGACCAGGUUUUACAUAGUGGAGAUGAGGCAUUGUUGAACAAAAGGGAAAUGAAUUUGCUAACCCCUCUAAAGCAUUGAGCACUGUACCUCUGCUUGAAGAAGCUGCAGAAACAACACUGACCAUCUAUCUCUAAGCCACUGCCGAUGUGAGAAUUGACAUAUUUUAGUUGAAAUACCUUUUUGGACUACAGACUAAUGUGAAUACUUGCCUAUUUCUACCUGAGUUACAGCAAAUGUUCUGAGAACUUAUUGCGGUCCACCAAAUAAAUCCCACUUGAGAUAUUGUAGAUGCCUGUGUGCCUUAGAAACUUUAGGUAAUGUUUUCAUUUUAUUUAGUGACUAGCCUACUAAUCCCUGCUUCCAAGUGGCAGGGGUUAAUAUUAUUCAUGUUCUUGGCUUAUUGGAUCUCUUACAAGUGCAUCUCACUAAAGUGUUGUCAAAAGAAAACAGCAUUUUAAAGCAUGUUUAAUAUAAAAAGUCUUAAUUAUAUAAGAUACAAAUAAUGGACUUGUUCAAAAAGUCCAAUAAUUUAGCCUGGGAAGAAAAACUUAGCUGCCCUUUUGAAACUUCUUUUUGAAGUUACCAGUUCUAGUCCAAGCGAAUAUCUCAAAAUCCGCUGCUCUUCUGAAUUAUUUUGGGUAAUAAAUGCUGUUGUCAACACAGACCUUUUUACUGCUUAGACUUCAGCCAACAAGUUACAGAAUGUUUCCUAAAAUACUCCAAAGAUGGAAGGUAUGCUUUGAAAUUUUAAAGGUAUGCACGAUUCCUAACAAAUUUCUGUCUUUUCUCCUGAUUGAUCUUGACAGAGGUUGUCUCUCCACAAAAUAAAAAUAAAUGAUAGAGUUGUAAAAUAAAAACAGAUAAUAACAAAGCCCAUUUAGAACUUAUAACAUAGGUAUGCACAUAUGUAUAUGUAUAUCCUAACAAAGUUUUCCACCUCUGUUACUAGAUUUGAGAUCCACAGUAGGCUUGAUAGGUUAAUUAGACAGCUGCCUUAGUGUUUAAAUUGUUCAUCACCUGGUAGCUAGUUGCUGAUCCUGGAUUUGGUUAGGAAUUUCCAACUUUAUUAUUUGGAAGAAAUUCUGGAAAAUCUGAUGGUGUAUUAUACUUGUUAAAUUUUUGCAUUUAACUCUAGUAACUGGGGAGAUUAGUGAUAGUUAUUGGAAGUAAGAGGUAAAAAUUCACCACCACUCCACCUUUGAUUUUAGUAGUAUGAAGAGCACAAACCAGCAUCUUUUUUUUUUUUUUUUAAAGAUUUAUUUAUUUUAUUUAUGUGAGUACAACUGUAGUUGUCUUCAGGCACACCAGAAGUGGGCAUUGGAUCCCGUUACGGAUGAUUGUGAGCCACCAUGUGGUUGCUGGGAUUUGAACUCAGGACGUUGGGAAGAGCAGUCAAUACUCUUAACCACUGAGCCAUCUCUCCAGUCCUGGCAAAUCAGCAUCUUUUAACAUAAAGGAAUUUUUUUUUUUUUGUCUGUAUAAGAAGAAUAGACUGUUUAGAUUCAGUGCACAGUUCUUUUUUUUUUUUUUUAAGAUCUAUUUAUUAUAAAUAAGUACACCAGAAGAGGGUGUCAGAUCUCAUUACAGGUGGUUAUACUACCAUGUGGCUGCUGGGAUUUGAACUCAGGACCUUCAGAAGAGCAGUCAGUGCUCUUAUCCACUGAGCCAUCUCACCAGCCCAAAGUGCGCUAUUCUUAAGGAGAGCUGUAGGCAAUUUAACAGCAACCAAGCCGAAUCCCUUAUUAUUUUCUGUAUAGUAAGUAUAAUUAGGUAUAAAGGAACAAUAAUUUGCAAAAAUAAUUUUCUUGUUUAUAAGGCAAAACAACCAGAUCACAUUCUUAUCCACUUUCUACCUCUACUUGGGUUUUGGAAAUUCAGUUUGAUUUUAUACUUUAUGUUUUCUUUUGAAAAAAUUUUCCAGACAGUUUCUCUGUGUAGCCCUGGCCAUCUUGGAACUUGAUCUGUAGACCAGGCUAGCCUGUAGGCCAGGCUAGCCUGUAGACCAGGCUAGCCUGUAGGCCAGGCUAGCCUGUAGACCAGGCUAGCCUUGAAUUCAUAGAGAUCUGCUUACCUCUGCCUUCUGAGUGCUGGAAUUAAAGACAUACUCCACCAUACAUCGAUAUACUUUCUUAGGUUUCAAGUAUCAAUAUAAAUGCCCUGAGAAAAGCAUAAGAUUAAAAACAAUCCAUGGGCUAUUUGUGUUACUGCUAUAGAAAGGUUUUUUAAAAAGCUAUCUUUCAUAUUGAAUUUUUGAAUUCUUAAAAAGCCUAGGGGAGGAAUAGAUUUCUACACAGCUUUAAGUCAACUUGAAAAUUUUGAAGUAUUAUUAAUAGAUUGAGAGGAUUGGCUACUUUUUUCAGGUUAAUAUUUCAGGUGGGAUAUUCUUACAAUUGAAGCAAUCUAACAAAGAUAUACAGAGAAAUAAUGAAGAAAAUGUUCAGAGAAAGAAAUCUAGAAUUGAAAUCUGUUCAAGAAGUUUGGAACCAAAAGUAAAGUGCAAGUGUAUAUGUUAGGGAACAGCUGAGGCAAGCUCUGUUUUGCUGUAUUCUACCUAGCUAAUACUUGAAAAAAAUCUAGCAAGUACCACUCUUUGCAUAGAAUAUGGAGUGAUUGGUAUGCUGACUCAUUUUAUAUCAAUUUGACACAAGCUAGAGUCUGAGGAGGAGGGAAUCUAGAUUGAGAAAAAUGUCUCAAAGGUGGAGCUGUAGAGCAUUUUCUUAGGGAUUGAUGGGGAGGGCCCAACCCAUUGUGAAGCCACCCUGGUCUGAUGUUCUUGGUUUCUACAAGAAAGUAGGCUGAGCAAGCAGGUAAGUAACACCCCUCCAUGGCCUCUGCAUCACUUCCUGCCUUCAGGUUCAUGUCCUGUUUGAGUUCCUGUGCCGACUUCCUUCAGUGAUGAACAGUGUUGUGGAAGUGUCCUGAAUAAAUUCUUUUUCAAGUGACUUUGGUUAAGGUGUUGUGUCACAGCAGUAGUAGCCCUCACUAACCCUAAGACAGUUAGGGUUUCAGAUUCAGGGAUCUUCUGGGCUUUGCUGAAAACUAUUUUGCCCAUAGCCUAAUAGCAGGGUAGGUACAUGGUGAAAUACUCCUGUAAGACUCUGGUAAGUCUUAGGUACCUGGAAACCCCAAGUGAGCCACUCGGAGUUGGAAAGUUGGAGAUCGAUGCAAAAGCGAGAGGAGUUUAUUGUUCCAGCAUGCUAGGGCCGUCCUGCACCCAAAGAAAGAGGUGGCGAUGCCAGGGCGGCCCCUUCUUCCAGUUUUUAUACAGUUUCCAGUGGCAGAUUAGAGCAUCAGCAAUGUGAUUGGCAGAACAGUGUGACUUUUAAGCUGAUUGGUCCUUACGGAACGAGGUAGCUAGGGCUUCCCUUAUCUCAUAAUUUCCCUUCUAGGAGAGGAGGGCUUCCUGGUGGAAUUUUCCAAAGGUCUUGAGCUGACCUCUUCACUCCCUUUUGUUAAAAUGACUAAAUAAAACUGUUCAAAUCUUGCA